GGAUGAAACACAUCUUUUUAUAUCAGCUGAUAUUGUUGAGGUUCUUCAAGCUCGUGUUGAUGAUCUAAUGGACCAGAUAAGUUUCCCCUUGGCUGACAGAGGGUUGUAAGAAUUGAACAAUUGUGAUUGCUUUCAUUACACUCUACCAUGGCAUCUGCAAGAGAAUCAGGACGGCUGAAAGAUGCCAAUCAGAAAAGGGUACUAGAUGAAGCUGCACGUCACAGGAGGGCCAGAAAAGCCCUUGAAGCUCUUGAACAAGAUAAUUUCCAUGAAGAUCCACAUGCUGACCUUGUGAUGAGCAAAAAAGUCCCAAAAUUUCAAGAAACUCUAGAAUCUCGUGGUGGAAGAAGAAAGAAGACCAAAAGUGCUGAAUAUUACAAGCUAAGGUUUCGCAAAACAUUUGCCCAGUUGGUUGAGGAAGAUCGAAAUAUUAACCCACAACCACCAAAUUAUAUGUCGGCUCAGGCACCACCAUCAAGGUUCCCAGAAAGACACUUUUGUGCUGUGUGUGGAUUUCCCAGCAAUUAUACCUGCAUUCCAUGUGGCGCAAGAUAUUGCAGUAUUCGAUGUUUAGGUACACAUCUUGACACUCGCUGUCUGAAAUGGACAGCUUAGGAAUCUUCUUGGAAAAUUGUGGAAAACAACACUACUCUUUUUCCUGAGUUAUUGGAGAACUUAUUAGUUUUAUUCAGUGAAAAAGUUCCAUUGUAACUGAUUUCUUAAUUGGAAGUAUACUGAUAUAUUGUGUAAACAUAAGUAUUAAUAUUGAUAAUUUCUUUUCUUGUGUAUGUGUAAUUUUGCUGAGUACUAAUCUGUUUGUCAGUGUUAAAUCAUAGUUUACUUCACUGUAUUGUCUUAGUUGUGUUUUGGUAUUGCUUCCUGCAGUGUCCUUGUAAAAUAUUACACAUUAAUACAUUUUUAAUAAAUUAAGUGAAUUUGCAAUGAGCAGUUCACUGUUUCAAGUAA